ACUUCCGGGAUAAACAAGUUUUUUUAGUCGUAACAGAGUUUUUUUUUCUGUGUUCAUGACAUAUACUUCUUUAUUGAAUAUGCAUGGGCAACUUAUACAAAUACAUUAUACAUUCUCAUCGGCAUCGGAAAAUGCUUAGGCUAUAACUAAAGGUCUAUAAGUAUAACCAUAAGGCAUAACAUUAAAAGCCAGUUGUAGUUAAGGAAUUAAGAGUAACGAAUAUUCGGACCCAGCUAACAGAAGUGAGACUAGUGAGAGGUUGGGAUUAAAAAAUGUUUAAAAUUUUAAAAUAUUAUUGUUGGGUUUGUAAGAUAAAAUUUGGUAUUGAAUGAAAGAUAAUUGAAUGGACAUAUGUUUGUAAACUUAUUUUUUCAGUUUAACUAAAUAAACUACAACUAAUGACAUCCGAAUAGCAAAAUGGAUCUGGACACUCAUCACCGCUAUUUGGAUCUGGGUCCCUUUAGUUGGACUAGUGUAGAUACUUUGGUCAAAAAUGUAAACAUUUUUUAAAAAUAAACCAAUGGCACAGUUGAAUAGAGCUAAUUUUAAACAUAAUUAUAACACCAAAAUCAUAUUUUUAGCUGUUGUAGUUUUAAAGUUAUGAAUUUUUAAAGUACGACUUGGUUUGUCAUUUUUUAACAUAGACUGCAUCUCCACAUUCUGUGACCUCAUUCUACUGAUCGCGUCAUGCGCAAUGACUAUAUAGUUUAUAUAAGGCAAUGCAUUCCCUUAUCACUAAAAUACUGUUUAGGGUCGACUUAUUUUAAACUUUCAACUUUGGCACAUGAAUAAUAAAUAAAAGCUUUCCCUGACCAAUGGUUUAAUAGCUUUUGCACACGGCAAACUCUUAUGAAUGAAACUCUGAGAUAGUACUACAACGUAGCCGUUAUGCAAGUGGCUGUGAAUGGUUGCCAAUGACAACGUGUUGCACAGGGAAAAUUCUGAUCAUUUAUAUUAUGGACUCUGCAGGGUUUUUAAAGCUCAAAUUAAAACAUUUCCAGUUUAAAUGUCUUCAAAAUGCAUUCUGAAACACAAAAUAUAAAAUAUUUUGAUGUAUAUAGUGGUAAUAAUUAAAUAUUUCCUAAGUAUCGGCAACUUCCGCCAUUAAAAAGGGGGCGUGGCCCACGCCAUGUCGAAAUUAGGCUGAGCCACCUUAUGGUGAUAUGGGUCACUGUGACACGCGUAACAAACGUGAGACACGACCUACAUCAAUGAAACUUGGCACAGAUAUAGAUCAAUAUCUAAUGCUCAUACAGAUUUAAUAAAAAAGGACCUUAUCUUAUUAUUUCACAAAAAAUUUUGUAUGCGAAGAUGCCUUAUAUAUACCAAAGAUUUUCAAAAUAAAUGUCGAUUGAAAAAAGCAAAAUAGCUGGCUAGAAAUGUAGGCCAAGAUGUCUUCCAAAUUAUAAGGCCGGAAACGGAACUCAAAUAUAUGUGGAAAGAACUAAUUUAAUAAUAAAAAGACACACACAACGGAAAAUUAAAAACUCGGAUUUUUCGGCGCCGACGCCCAUUUCCGAUACAAAAAAAAUAGUAGUCUCCCUUCUUUCAUCGAAGUAUCUAACUAAGGCUGCGGCUAUUUCGACCCGGGUCUGAGAAGUGAGAGUAUGGGCUAAUUUGGAGAGAUCGGCCCCUGACGUCUUUUGCGUGUUUUGUUAAGAUCACUCCCCUUAUUUUUUUAAAUUAGAGUUACGUUUUCAUUAUUAUGAUGAUGACAUUUCCGAUACAAAAAAAAUAGUAGUCUCCCUUCUUUCAUCGAAGUAUCUAACUAAGGCUGCGGCUAUUUGGACCCGGGUCUGAGAAGUGAGAGUAUGGGCUAAUUUGGAGAGAUCGGCCCCUGACGUCUUUUGCGUGUUUUGUUAAGAUCACUCCCCUUUUUUUUUUAAAUUAGAGUUACGUUUUCAUUAUUAUGAUGAUGACAUGUUUUCAUUAAAUUUUUAUUGGUUUUGAUUUAAUUAUAAUUUUAGAAUUAUAUUGGUUGGCCAAUUAUAAAUUUGUUUGUGUUCCGCCAUCUUUGAACUGGCUUUAUCGUAUAACCUCAAAAUGGAACCGGAAACGCAUCGCCGCUAUUCGGACCCAGGUCCCUUAAGACUCAAUGCUAUUCGGAUGUCAUUUGUGGUAGUUUAUUUUAGUUUAACUGAAGAAUUAAGUUUACAAACAAAUAGUCCAUUCAAUUAUCUUUGAUUUGAUACCAAAUUUUGUCUACUUACAACCUAACAAUAAUACAUUUAAAAAAAAUUUUAAUCCCAACCUCUAAGUUAUCGAAUAGCCACUUUGUUAGACUAAAUGAAUGCUAUUCGGAUGUCAUUUGUGAUAGUUUAUUUUCAUUAAACUGAAAAAUUAAGUUUAUAAACAUAUAGUCAAUUCAAUUAUCUUUCAUUUGAUACUAAAUUUUGUCGUAAAAACCCUACAAUAAUAUUUUUAAUAAACCCAGCCUCUCACUUCUGAUACCGAGUCCGAAUAGCCGCAGCCUAAAAGUAAAGGGUAUUAAGGGGAGAGACUGCAAUCAGGUUAGCACAAUAUGAAAUUAGUAAAACAAAGUAAGGUUAAACCUGAAAAAGGGACGCAACAAAACAGCAAACGGGUCGGCAGAAAGCUUUCAUCAGCGAACAAAACAGAAAAAACAGAAUAAAAUAAAAAAAUAGCCCUUAGCUUUUUAGUGGUAUCCAAGAGUAAAGGGGCCGUACACAAAUUAUAAAUGAAAAUGAGAUCCAUGCAAAUUUUGGUCAAUUAUGCAUUUUGCGCAACUUUUAGUUUUUGUGUAGAGUGUAGGCGUGUAGGAUUCUCUCCCUUUUGUAUGUUAGCCAAUUAUUGAUAAGCCUAUAUUACUGUAGAACUAUAUAGCUACUCCAUCGUCUCACAUAGACGGACAGAUGCCAUAAUAAUAUAUUACUAUUUGCUUUUACUUAGGUCUACAGGCAUAGGAAUGGGGUUUGUACAGAGUAGUCUGCCUCGGACAGCACUUUUUAUUUAUACUGAGGUGAGGGGCUGCAUUUUUGACCAGAGGGUACUGUUUUUUGUGUGGAAGGAGACAUCAAAAAGUUUGUCCCACCUUGGGUGGCAACAAUCCUAGUAUUCCUAGCUACGCCACUGCCUUGUGUUUUACUUUUUUAUACUGAGUAUGAGUAGGGCCAUUACUUGAAAUAGCCUGUCCAACGUGUGUGUGUGGCCCGUGGGUCUUAGACAUAGCAUUAGUAGUAUUACUAUUUUACUUACUGGAUACUUUUCAGGCAUAUUGUUAAUAAUAUACUAUUACUUCUACUAAUACUACUUAAUUAUUGUAUUAGUUCGACCACUAUUCACUAUUAUUAGACAUUUUCAUUAUAUUUGGCUCUGGGUGUUGCUUCCAUUAUGUCGACUAUUUUUGAUAGGUGGUUUGGGGGCGGGACAAGCUAAAAAUAAACUAUAGCAAGUGUCUUAUAAUUCAGAAGGUGUGUGGGUCUUUAUAAAAGAUUAUUUGGAUUUAAAUUUAAAGUUAAGUCUAUGUUUUAGUCCUACACUCCAAUUUAGGGGCUAUGCUGUGCCAUAAUUAAAACUAGAAAUAAAUGAAUUUAUUAAAAAUGUUUUUUUCAAAAUUAUGAAACAGAAUUUUAAAAGAGAAACACUGUUUUUUAUAGAAAAUUUUAAAAUGAAUUUUGUUUUAGUUCCAUAAAUUAUUUCAACAAUUUUUAGACCUCCUCCCAACCCUUAACAACAACUGUCCAACUUUCAAUUACUCCUCUUCCCAUCAAAUAAAUUAUCACCCCCCCCCCCCAUCCUUUUUUUUUUACACACACCUUUAACAAAUAAAAAUAAAAUUGUAUCAACCAAAGAUACAAACAAAUUAUAAAUAUGUAUUUAAAUGCCGUUUUAUCACUGACAUAUUCUUUGUGGGACUCAUUCUCAUCUAACCAUACAGUGCUUAACAUAUCAGCAUUUUCUCUCUGUGCAAUAAUUUCCAUCAGCUCUCUACCAAUAUUUUUGCCAGUUACUGGAAUAGGCUGCAUCCAUUGAGCAGCAGGUGUCAUUUCUUUCUUAGGCUUAUUCAGAAUGAAUUGGUGCUGUUGUGACCUUUAAAAAUUAUAGGCCAUUUAAAAUUUAAUUUUUUCAUAGGUAUAUUUCAUAAGAUCUCCCCUCCCCCUGAUAAAAAAUUAUGAAAUUCUUUCCGACCCUCCCGACCCCAAAUUUUGUUGAAUAUUUGUGGAGGUCCCUUAAUUAUGUUUUUAAAAUUAUUUUUCAUUUUUAUUUCAGAUCUAAAUUUGAAAGUCUCCUUUGAAUAAUCAUUUUGAAAAAAAAAUGAUUUUGCAACAGGUUAUUAUUGAGCAGUAUAAGGUGAACACAAUUUUAAUUUAUCAUAAUUAUCAAAUGUUAAUUGAUUAUAUGAUAAGUUUAAAAUUUAUUUUAAAAGACACUUAAACUUAUGGCACAGAUGGUCUUUUUUAUAUGUUCAUUGUCUAAAGUACCAUACAGAGUGCUAUUAUAACUGUAUGGCAUUAAAUGUGUAUUCCAUUUUUUAAAAAAAAGUAGUAUGCAUAUACUAUGAUAUACUAAUUUAAGUCAAGAAAUUAUUUUUUUAAAUGUAAUUUAUAUAUUCUGCAAGUCAACCAAAAUAAUAAAGUAACAAACAUUUUUUUAAAAUUUCAGUAAAAGUUAAAGGUUACUUUUUAACACAGCUACAUGGCAAUGUCCACUUUUGAAGCCGAGGGACAUAUAGAGAGGAUAGCUAUAAAAACCAUCUGUGCUGCAGAGAUACUUAAAAACACUGUCCAAUCAGCAGAAACGCUGACUAAACUCAAAAAGAAGGCAGACUACUACCUCCAACAAGCCAGUCUUAUAUUAACAUGGAAGCGCAGCACUGGUGCUUUAAAACUGGUUGGCGCUGCAGCAAAAACUUUUGGAGCUGUAAUGGUAUUGGCUGCUCCCCUUCAUCCAAAGCUCGCCAUGGCCAUACGACUUGGUCACAAGAUGUGGAAGUUUGGAACUGGUCUAAAAGUGUUGAAUGCAGUGGGAGGAAUUUUAAAAAAUAUUUGGCAAACAGGUUGCAGAACUGCUUUGAUUGAAUUCACUCAAGGUGCAUCACAACUGACCAGAAAUAUGGGUAUAUUUAGUGAAGUCAUUCAUGACCUGCAGAAGCUAACAGGACCAUUGAAUACAGGUGAUAUUCAAGCCUCUGAAAAUUGGAUAAACAUUUUACGACAGUUUAUACCCCCUCAUCAACAUGGGUAUGCUGCUCAUGUCAUCAAUAUUGUAUUUGGCAUUCAACGUUACUCCCCUGUAUUUGACUUUCUUGCUCUCUCAACAGAUCCAUCCAAUGAAUCUGGAAUAAUUCAUCUGAUGAGGGAAAUAGAGUCUGUCAAUUUUACAGAUUUUGUUGAACACGACAACUCAAAGGCUCUUGUUGCCAUUGGUAGUUUUCUCCACAUAAGCCGAGAAAUACUGGACCUCCUGGAUGGUUUGCAAAGAUUCACUGAGCGAGACUGCAGGUUUCUGCAAGAAUGCUUGAUUAGAUUUACCCAAGAAUCUUUGACCAUCAUGAAAGUGGUAUCAGUUUUAACUAAUCUAGAUGCAAUUAGGAGACAGGAAUGUUCAGAAUUUAACAUACAGCAAGAUAAUGUUGCAUCACUUUAUAGUUUCAGAGAUAGAGGAGAAAAUGUAUCUCCGGAAGAAGGGACAAGUUCUGUACCAGUAUUUGUUGAGGAAGAUCAGAUAAGAAAUGCAAAUGAAGUCAUUCAAUUCAACCUAAGCAAAACUGUUUCUGUGACACCUAAUGAUUUAACUUUAGCCCCAAAUAUUGAAGACAUGCAAUUAGACACUGAAGCAUUUAAUGAAACAGCUGAAGCAGUUGUAACAGAGAUGAAUAAUUUUGUCCCAGCUGACCCCAUUGACCCGGUAAAUCUCAACUUAGAUGACUCUGCGGCCUCCGAGUCUAUUUUAACUCCUGCCUCUACUGAUCAACAGAUGAAAUUAUUUGAAAAAUCAAAAAUGUUGGUCGCCCAAUCUUGCUUAUCACUUUCUUUUGCUGUCAGCAAGGGAGCAGCUCUCAUGACAUCUGUGGUGAGAAGAAAUCACCAAGUUUUGCCUAGCAGCUCAUCACAGUUUCUUCCAGAGAAUGAAUCAGCAAAUAGAAUAUGAAUCACAGUACUGUACUUGAUUAUUAUAAAUAUACUAUACUUAUACCUUAAGUUUUGUGUUAGCUUCGUGCCAAAAUUAUGUUGAUAAAUUAACUAUGGUAGUUGUACAAGAGCUUUUAAUCAAAUUUUGAAAAUAUUUAAAUACCGUACAAUGGUUUUUAUAUACCUUAUUUUGAUCAUUAAAAAUCUUUUUGCAAUAACAAAGGUUAAGUUUAUUUUUUUGUGCAUUGUUUUUUUUUUUUAAAACUUAG